UACUUAAUCUCUCGCUUUUCUCUCUCCGCUCCUCAUUCCUUUCCCAAUUCCUUGAUCCAGUCUCUUCCUUCGCAUCUCCCAUCCAUCGCAAUGUCUGCUGUCGCCCGCUCCAUCCGUCCCUUCGCCUCGCGCGCCCUCUCCCAGAAGCUCCCGCUGGCCGCUGCCCGUAGGGUUUCGCCCGCCAUGGGUUUCCCGCGGGGAAGUAUCAGGAGCUUCUCGCAGAGCCCGUUCAUGGAGGUGAAGAAGUACACCGAGUCUCACGAAUGGAUCGAGCUGGCCGAGAACGGCAAGACGGCCAAGAUCGGUAUCACGGAAUACGCCGCCAAGUCUCUGGGUGACGUUGUUUACGUCGAGCUGCCCCAGGAGGAGCUGGAGGUUAGCGCCGGGGAGCCCGUCGGCGCCGUCGAGUCCGUCAAGUCUGCCUCCGACGUCCUGUCCCCUGUCUCGGGCACCGUCGUGCAGGGUAACGCCAUCCUCGAGGACAAGGCCAAGUUCAUCAACGAGGACCCCGAGGGCGAUGCCUGGAUCGCCGAGAUCCAGGUCACCGACGCCGCUGAGCUGGACGGCCUGCUGGAUGCUGCGGCCUACAAGGAGUCUCUGGAUGAGGAGUAAACGGUGUUUCUCGAUCUGAGCGGUGCGUUGUGAAAGAUCUUUGGCUUUUCUUUUCUUUUCUUCUCGUCUUGGUUAUGAUGGGGUUGUCUCAACUUUUUGCGCGGUUCGUUCUAUGAGGAAUGGGUUUAUUGUUUCAAUUUUUUCUUUUAUCUAUAUUCAUAUCUGUCUGAGGAAAAUGUUAGACUUGCGCUAGGCCGUCACUGGCUUUGGGGCUUUCUGUUCAACAGGGAAGGCCUUGAACAAUAUACAAUGAUAUCGAUGAUUAUCUUACUGUAUGGGUGU